CGUUCUUAAAUAUGUGGAUAAUAUUGGUCACGAAAGCCUUCGUGUUAAACGUAACUAUAGUGCUAUCAUGGCACGGAUAAUUUGGUUGUGUUCCUCAUUAGCAAAGGUUCAAACGUGGCAAAGGUCAGAAAGCCCAGAACACAGAGUGCAGGUUUGUGUCUUCAAGUAUAAAGCCUGUCACGCUUCUUCCUUGAAGCAACUCGUAUCAGUUUAAAGUUGUGCAAAGUCAAAUGGGCCCUCAGAAUUUGUCGUGACAGCAGUGAGUGCCGAAGGAAAUGGGUUGGACUGUACGCAUGCUUUGGUGUGUGCAGUUUGUGACUAUCAAACGCUGUGCUUGAGAACACGGGUUUUUUUGGUCUCCAGCUGGGAACUGUGAUUUUAAUUCGGGACCUCACCAUCGCUCGCUUAUCUCUCAUACACAGGGCAUUGCUUUAGACCCGAAGCCACCUCUCACCCUCUUUUGUGCCGUUUCAAGGAGCCGUGUCACCAGUUUCAAGUGUUAUUUUCUUUCACCAGGUUUAGAACUCAAACAAGAUACCAGGAUGAAUCUUAACUUACAAAAGCGACCUAUUUGUUUUGGUAAUAUCCCGUCUCUUCAGUUGAAGUCUACCGUUGCCGUGCGUGCGAGUUUAAUUUGGUUUUAUUUUUGUCUUCGCAGACCGUGUCGUUUGCCUUCCUUUGGGGGUGGAGGCGACGCAGAGGAACAAUAUUUUCUUAUGCAGCCCCUGGCCCUCAAGUGACUGGCGCAUGAGACUCCUGGCUGUGGUGAUGUUACGGGUGAGGUGCUGUGGCCGCCCAAUAGGUAUUGAGCAUGCAGCCAAAGCGGUGGAGCCAGCAGAAAAGGUGACGGAAGUGAAAUCCAAAGAUAAAAACAUUGCGGCUGCAAUGGAAGGCAACAAUCUGACAGUGGAGGAGAAGAAAAUUCUGAGAAACCACACAGAGGCCUGUCUGGCAAGGACACGUACGUGGACCCCGUGUCCGGCUACUCCGUGUUCACGAGCCGCUCUCACUUGCUGCGCGGGAAGUGCUGCGGCUCGGCCUGCAGGCACUGCCCCUUUGAGCAGGUGAAUGUCAAGGACCGGCACAAGAAGAGCACCUACAACGGCUACUUCUACACAUGACGACUGGAAGAUUGCGGAUUGCAGUCAUCUUCACCAGGGCUACUGGCAGGCGGAUGGUCUGGUGUGUGGCGGCUGCUCUGUGGUGCUGCGGUGUCCAGGGGCACACGGUGAUAGAAGUGUCCACAGGGGUGAUGUCGAAGUUGUCGUGGCCUAAUUAGGCGCAUGUAGGAUGUACAGUGAGGGAAAAAAGUAUUUGAUCCCCUGCUGAUUUUGUACGUUUGCCCACUGACAAAGAAACGAUCAGUCUAUAAUUUUAAUGGUAGGUUUAUUUUAACAGUGAGAGACAGAAUAACAACAACAAAAAUCCAGAAAAACGCAUGUCAAAAAUGUUAUCAAUUGAUUUGCAUUUUAAUGAGGGAAAUAAGUAUUUGACCCCCUCACGUCUCCAGCGCCAUGCCGCCGCAGCAGCAUGGCGCUGGAGACGUGAGGGGAGACCCCGGCCAGAGACAUGGGCUCCAGGCUCAGGUACAGAGACUCCAGACUCAGGUACAGAGACUCCAGACUCAGGUACAGAGACUCAAGACUCAGGUACAGAGACUCCAGACUCAGGUACAGAGACUCCAGACUCAGGUACAGAGACUCCAGACUCAGGUACAGAGACUCAAGACUCAGGUACAGAGACUCAAGACUCAGGUACAGGGACUCCAGAUUCAGGUACAGAGACUCGAGACUCAGGUACAGAGACUCCAGGCUCAGGUACAGAGACUCCAGACUCAGGUACAGAGACUCAAGACUCAGGUACAGGGACUCCAGGCUCAGGUACAGAGACUCCAGAUUCAGGUACAGAGACUCCAGACUCAGGUACAGAGACUCGAGACUCAGGUACAGAGACUCGAGACUCAGGUACAGAGACUCAAGACUCAGGUACAGGGACUCCAGACUCAGGUACAGAGACUCCAGAUUCAGGUACAGAGACUCCAGACUCAGGUACAGAGACUCGAGACUCAGGUACAGAGACUCAAGACUCAGGUACAGGGACUCCAGACUCAGGUACAGAGACUCCAAAUUCAGGUACGGAGACUCCAGACUCAGGUACAGAGACUCCAGACUCAGGUACAGAGAUUCCAGACUCAGGUACAGAGAUUCCAGACUCGGGUACAGAGACUCCAGGCUCAGGUACAGGGUUCCAGACUCAGGUACAGGGUUCCAGACUCAGGUACAGAGACUCCAGGCAUAGGUAGAAGGCUCUGUGAAGGUUGUAGAGUCUUAAAUUACAAGCAUACAGCUCCGUACCCCUGCGUUCACCUUGUAAGAAAUGAGUGGAAGAGAUACCUCCUAAGAACCCCCUCAUCAGUCACUCUCAAGACUGCAUCUCCCUACAGAGUUUCCUGGGGUUUCCAAGUGAACAAAUUCAAAUAUAUUCACACACACACACGUACGAAAAAAACAUGGACAUUAUUUACAAAAUAUACUUUGUAAAAUAGUAAGGUUGAACAAAUUAACAAAGUAUGGACAUCUGAAAUGUGAGUUUUUUAGAGGUUGGUUGAUAUCACGUAUUCUGUCAAAUGUGUAGCAUUUGUUUUGGAAUAUUGUACCAUUACAGUUUAAACAAUGUUUUCGUGAUAUAAGACCACUUUGAUCAGAAUAUUUAUUUCGACUGGAGGAAUUCGAUGGGCUGGCGGAGGCAGAGCGACUGGUUGUUUUAAAGGGCAGGGCCUAGGGCAUGGGUUGGCAAAUAUGUGGCUCUUUAAGGACUGCUGUUUCGUGACGUUGUUUAUUAAGGACCCACCGUCUCGUAUUCACCACACAGUGCAUUUCGGCUCUUGAAAUAUUGAGUUUUUUGUUAUCGAAUUCUAAAACAAGUGGCUCUGCUUGUUACUUUUUUGGUUUGCCGGCACCUGUCCUGGGGGAAGGGAGGAGGUUGUUUUCAGAAUGCUCAUGAAGGACACAACAACUGUGACUCCAUAGAAUAGCUUUGAAUUAACAGCAUAACGGGUCUUUCAGACUUGCUUCAACAUGAUUCGUUUGUUCAUGCCGACAUUACCGAGUGAUGCGUUGUAUACUG